AUAAACUAAAAUUAAUAUAUUUGAGUAGAUUUUAAAAUACAUAAAGAUGCCACGAAAAGUGGUAGAAAAGCUUAUUUCUAUUAAAGAUCGAAGUUCAUAUAGUGCAGGAAGCCUUUUGUUAGAAAACCUAGAAAAAGAUCCUUUUAAAACCUUUGAAAAAUGGUUUAAAGAAGCCAUGAAUACAGAUGAAGCAAAUGCCAUGACGCUUUCAACAGCUAGUCUUCCAUCAGGACGAGUUUCGGCAAGAAUGGUUUUGUUGAAAGAAGUGGAUAAUCAAGGAUUUGUUAUUUAUAGUAAUCUUGAAACGUCUCGUAAAUCACAAGAUCUCAGAUCAAAUAGAUGGGCAGCACUGACAUUUUACUGGAGAGCUUUAGAAAAACAAGUUCGAAUUGAAGGAAAAAUAGAAUACCUUUCAUCAGAAGAAUCGCAAAAAUAUUAUGAUAGUAGACCAUUACAUUCUAGAUUAGGAGCAUGGGCAUCACCACAAAGUGUAUAUUUGAAAGAUCGAAGAGAAUUAGAAGAAAGAUUUGAAGAAAUAAAAAGAAAAUUUUUGAAAGAAUUGAAUCAUGAAAAUACACGAAUACCGAUUCCACCAUUCUGGGGAGGACUUAGAGUUGUUCCGGAAUCCAUAGAGUUCUGGCAAGGCCGUGAAAAUAGACUUCAUGAUCGAUUUGUAUAUAUAAAGCAAGAAAGUGGAUGGGAUAUACAUAGAUUGGCGCCAUAAAAUCGCACAAAAAAAGAGAAUAUUCCUGUAGAAUUAAAACUAAAAG